UGCAUUGAGUCCAAGUGGGUCUGCAGAAAGCAUCUUGGAUGGUUAAAAAAACUCUGCACCAGAAGGCGACUCCAAGUUUUUUCCUGCAGCCCCUGGUUUUGUGGUGGGCUAAUCCUGAGGUCUGGCCUACCUCCCUACUUGGCGCUCAGCCUUCCCACGAAUCCCUGCGCUGGGCUCGAGCCCAGGCAGGCGGAUGGAGCCAACGUUACUGCCACACCGCGCCCCCCAGUCCCCUCGGCCGCCCGCACCACCCCGGCCCGGCCAGGCUGCCCCAGCUGUUACCGGUCCUUUCAGUCAGGGCAUUCUCUGCGCCUCACCAUGAUUCUGAGGGAGAAUCUGAAUUGCUUAUGGACCUUAGGCCUCUGUCUGGUAACCAGUACUUCGUCUCCCACAGUCCCCUCCAUCACCGAUCAGAAAUUUAUAAAACACUGCGUCGAAGCUCACAACGAAAUGCGUGGCAAAGUCCAGCCCGUCGCAGCCAACAUGAAAUACAUGAGUUGGGAUGAAGGUUUAGCGAAGAUUGCUAAAGCAUGGGCAAACAAGUGCAAAUUCGAACACAACACCUGUUUAGCAAAAUCAUAUAAAUGCCACCCAAAAUUUCAGUACGUUGGAGAGAAUAUCUGGUUAGGUGGAUUAAGCAUAUUUACACCACACUCCGCUAUCGAGGCCUGGUAUAAUGAAACUGAAUUUUAUAAUUUUAAUAAGCUGUCAUGUUCCAAUGUUUGUGGCCAUUUUACACAGGUAGUUUGGGCCGAUUCAUAUAAAGUUGGUUGUGCACUUACAGCCUGUCCUAACCUUGGGGAUUAUCGUGCUGCAAUAUUUAUAUGUAACUAUGGACCUGCAGGAAAUUAUCCAAAUAUGGCCCCUUACGUUAUCGGAUCAAGCUGCUCUGCAUGUGCAGAUGAAGACACUUGCGCAAAGAAACUCUGCCCGUAUCCAAAUUGGAAUCCAUCUGGGCUAGCACCUCAGCAGACAGCAUGUAGUCCGCUGUGCCUAAUUCUUGUUCUUCUGAGAAUGUUUUAAUUACCAUUUAUAGAGAAGAGAAAUUCUAAGACAUGACAACAAAGGAACAGUUUAUGGCUAAAUGUAACUCUUAAUUAUUAAAAUGACUAAAUUCUUAUCUAUUA